AUGGAUGCACUUACAGUGAGAAGACUUCCUUCCUACUAUCAUAUUCGUGAUACUCAACAGAUGGUGUGGGUCCUGAAUGAAAAUUCCUUAAUAGCAGCUCCUCUUACCAACAACAUCAAGCCUGUGAGAAGACUUCCUUCCUACUAUCAUAUUCGUGAUACUCAACAGAUGGUGUGGGUCCUGAAUGAAAAUUCCUUAAUAGCAGCUCCUCUUACCAACAACAUCAAGCCUGUGACUAUUGAAAUCACAGAAUGUAAACACGCCGAAUUUUAUGAUGAAGGAAAAGGUAACCUAGUUUACAUGGGAAUCAAGGGCAAAGGUCUCUGUCUCUUCUGCACAGAAACUCAGGGAAAACCUACUUUGCAACUUGAGGCAGAAACUGUCAUGAGCCUCUAUGAUAAGGACAACUCAGAGAAGCCCUUUCUCUUUUACCACAAUAAAGAAGGCUCCACCUCUGUCUUUCAGUCAGUCUCCUACCCUGGCUGGUUCAUAGCCAACUCCUCCACGCCAAGAGAGCCUGUCAUUCUCACCCAGGAGAGGGGCACAAAUAACAACACUAACUUCUAUUUAGAAGCUGAAGAUUAA